AGCUUCCACCUGAGCGGGUGGUGGGAUUCCGGGGUGCUGCUAUGGAGGGGUGUAGCGAGCCACAGCUGGAUGCUAAGGCCAAGGUCACCAACCAGCUCACAGAUUUUCAGUGGAAGCUGGGUAUGGCUGUGAGCUCAGACAGCUGCAGAUCACUUAAGUAUCCUUAUGUUGCAAUGAUGCUCAAAGUGGCAGAUCAUUCAGGCCAAGUAAAGAACAAGUCCUUCGAAAUGACAAUUCCACAGUUUCAGAAUUUCUACAGACAGUUCAAGGAAAUUGCUGCAAUUAUUGAAACUGUGUGAAAACUGAUUACUUGGUUGAUGAAUUGCUACCAUCAUUCUAAAAUCAUGGACUUUACUUUCUGCAACAAAACUGCCUAAGGAUCAAAUGAUAUUUAUUGAAUGAAAAUUACACUUUUGGUUUUCCAUUUUUUUAAAUAAUAAAAAAGAAAAUCAGACAAACAGGAAUUACAAAGUGGUGAUCACUGCACACUUUGUGAAUGUACUAAGAGCCACUGAAUUGGAAACUUUAAAGGGUGAAGAACUCUGUGGUAUGUGAAUUAUAUCUUAAUGAAAAAUAAAU